CAGCAAGAAAGAAUGCAAGGAUCUCUGAAACUGGUGUCAUUUGAUGAUGUGGCUGUGGACUUCAGCUGGGAGGAGUGGCAGGUCAUGGAUAUUGGUCAGAGGACCCUGUAUAAGGAAGUAAUGCUGGAGACCUACAGCAACUUGGUGUUCUUGGGCCUCUGUGUUCCUAAACCUAAAUUGAUUGUCAAGCUGGAGCAAGGUACAGAUCCAUGGAUAAGAGAAGACUCAGAAGAGAAUUUCACAGAUGUCCCAGAAAAGGAGGAUGAAAUUAGCCCCUGUCAGGAAAGUCACAAUAAAUAUCUCUCUGAAGUAGCAGUCAUGAAUUGUAACCCAGGGGAGGAAAAUUCAAAAUUCACUGUCCACCAGAGAACACACACAGGAAAGAAACCUUAUGAAUGUAACAUUUGUGGAAAGUCUUUCAACUGGAAGUCAGAGCUCACUGUCCACCAGAGAACACACACAAGAAAGAAACCUUAUGAAUGUAACAUUUGUGGAAAGUCUUUCACCCAGAAGUCACACCUCACUGUCCACCAGAGAACACACACAGGAGAGAAACCUUAUGAAUGCAACGUGUGUGGAAAGUCUUUUGUCAAGGAGGCAUGCCUUACUGUCCACCAGAGAACACAUACUAGAGAGAAACAUUAUGAAUGUAACAUGUGUGGAAAGUGUUUCACCCAGAAAUCAAAGCUUACUCGCCACCAGAGGAUACACACAAAAGAGAAACCUUUUGAAUGUAACAUUUGCAGAAAGUCUUUCACUUGCAAGGACUACCUUACUAGCCACCAGAGAACACACACAAGAGAGAAAAUUUAUGAAUGUAACUUGUGUGGAAUGUCCUUCAUCUGGAAGUCAAAUCUCACUGCCCAUCAGAUAACACAUACAGGAAAGAAACCUUUUCAAUGUAACUUGUGUGGAAAGGCAUUCAUCCGGAAGUCAAACCUCACUGUCCACCAGAGAACACACACAGGAGAGAAACCUUUUGAAUGUAACAUUUGUGGAAAGUCUUUCACCAGCAAGGCAUAUCUUACUAGCCACCAGAGAACACACACAGGAGAGAAACCUCAUGAAUGUAAUGUGUGUGGUAAGUCUUUCACCCAGAAAUCAAGCCUUACUAGACAUCAGAGAACACACUGGAGAGAAACCUCACGAAUGUAA